CUUCAUGCUCAACUUAUAGCAACGAAGCCUUAUUUUCAAUCUUCUACUCAGGAAAUUCAAUCAUUAAGCAGUGCUGAUAUUGAAACAGCUCUGAAGAAUAUUUCUACAAGAACAUAUGACAAGCAUUCUAACAAGGGAUUAGGCAAACUACUAAAUCAUAUCAAAACAAUCGGUGGUCGCGUCAUGGGCUCAGCACAUUCACGUACAGCGUUAUGCACACAUAUCCAUGCAUUAAUUUUCAAUCAAGGACUACCAAGUAUUUUCUUAACUCUCAAUCCGGCUGAUAUUCAUAGUCCCGUCGCAUUAUAUUUUGCCGGCGUCAAACUUGAUCUCGACAAUGUUCAAAGAGAACAACUUAUGGAUACAUACAGACGUGCCGAAAUCAUAGCUUCUCAUCCUGUUGCGACAGCUAAAUUCUUUCAUACGUUGAUUUCCAAUAUCUUAGAUACAAUGAUUAUUGGCGGUGUUCUCGGUCCUGUAAAAGCUUACUUUGGCACUGUUGAAAGUCAAGGCCGCGGUUCGCUUCAUUUACAUCUCUUGAUUUGGCUCGAUAUCAACAUCAAACCAACUGAUAUGAAGGAAAAGGUGCAGGAUUCAAAUUUUCGUGAAAGACUUAUCGCAUACUUGGAAGAUAUUAUCAAAGAAGACCUAGAUGGCUUCAAAGACAUAAAAAUUCAAGACCCAUCCACUCCAUCAGCAUCCGAUCAUUCACCACAACUAGCAACAGAUAGUAUUUAUACAGCUUUACGCGCGAUGGAGUUUACAAAUGCUGAACGAAACGCAGAUCAUUCUAAUCCUUCUACUGUUUGGUCAACGCCAGUGAAAGGACCAUCAUCUCCAUCGAUUCCAUAUGCAUCGCCAGUGAUGUUUGGUGGAUCUCCAUCAACCUCGUAUCGGUCGUUGUCAAUACCAUAUGCAUCUCCUCCCUACCACGAACUAUUACAAACGCCAACAUCCGAUCGAUCAAUACUUGGUCGAUGUGAUAUGAAAUGGGAAUGUUCAUUUGGUGAAGAUGAAUAUAUGUGUGAUUACAGAAAUUAUAUUUCAGAGUUUUAUCCUUAUCGUCGAUUAAGAGAAGUAGAUGUGAAAAGUGCAGUUUAUUCUCCAGAAUUAUUUCAUUUUCCAUCCGAUCCAAACAUUACACAGGUCAAUUUAAAGUUGAUUAUGAAUAGAGAAUCUCCCAUUACUUCUUCUUUAUCUGAUUCAUCAUUAGCUAUGUCAGCCUACCGAUGUAAUCGUGGUCUCGGAGUGUUCUUAUCAAAUAAUACCAUCGUUUGCUUCUGUCCGCCUCAAUAUUAUGGCAUUUUUUGUCAAUAUCACAGUGACCGUUUUUUACUCCUUCUUCAUCUUAACCUCUCCCAAUCAAUUUAUGCUUUUGAGAAUCAUCCAAAUAUUCUUCUCAAAGUUCUUCUUUUAUUCUUUUAUGAAAAUGAAUUAUUAAUGAUUGAUCAGUUUCAAGUUCAACCAAUCUUUGAAGUGAAUAAGAGUUAUAAACGAUCAUUUCAUUUUGUUUAUUCUCAUUCAUCAAAAUUUCGUCAAGAACGAAUGAAACGAUAUUUUAAUCGUUCAAAUAUUCUUAAUUCUCAUCCUUAUUCAAUUCGUAUUGAAAUCUAUGACACUCAACGUGAUAAACAAGUGUCAUUAAUUGCAGUUUGGCAAUAUACAAUCGAUUUCGAUUAUUUACCUGUUUUUCGUUUAGCUAAAAUCCUUCGAUUAACCAAAUCUAAUCCUUGUUUGACGAAUCCAUGUCAUCCAAAUGAACAAUGUUUUCCUCUGGUCAAUGAUAAAUCCAAAUAUCUGUGUCUUUGUAAGAGCAAUUUUUUUGGACCGAAUUGUUCAAUUGAAGAUUUACGUUGUAAAAAUGGUUUUUGUGGAUCAAAAUCUUUAUGUAAACCAGAUUAUCAAAGUUAUCUUCGAGGUAAUGAUUCUCCUUACUGUGUUUGUCCAUUUGAACUUUCGGGUGAUCGAUGUGAUAUCGAAUCUAAUGAUCUUUGUCAAAUAAAUUCUUGUCAGAAUGAUGGUACUUGUCUCCCUAGAUCAACAUUUGAUCAAAUUAUUUGUUUGUGUGAAGAAGAUUUCUAUGGUAAUUAUUGUCAAUAUAAGAAAUCGAUUCUUCAUUUAUUUCUUUCCAAUCAUACUCUGACUUAUUCUGCUGCUAUGGUUCUACAGUAUUUUCUUAUUGAUUACCAAGUCGUCAGUCUCAUUCUUGCUCAUCAACAAGUGUACAAUACUUUACCUUUAUCUCUCAAGUAUGGACAUGAAAAAGAAAUCAUUCCUGAAGUUGUUUUAGCUCAAAUCUAUUCUUCUUAUGAAGAUAAACAAUCGAAUAUCUAUUUACUUUCAUUGCAUAUAAAUACAGCAUCUUUCGAAGGAGUAAUAUCAAUAAGAGAAGAAAAUCGAUGUCCAAGUAUUUCUCAAUUAGCAAUAAAAUCUAUUACUCCAAUUGAAUAUCAUCAGAUAUGUAUCAAGAAUUUCAGUAUACUUUGUUUCCAUGAUAAUUCUUAUUUAUGUAUUUGUAAUACAAAUCAUACGCGUGUUGAAUGUUUUCUUUAUGAUUCAACAUUAGAUCGAUGUUCAUAUUGUUUGGCAAAUGGACUUUGUUUGAAAGGAAAUCCUAUUCAUUCAAAUGACUUUCUUUGUUUGUGUCCAGCAUGUCAUUCAGGUACUCAGUGUCAAUUUAAUUCGAAACCAUUAACAGUUACUCUUGAUCAAUUAUUCUAUUUUGAUUUAAUUUCUAAUCAUAAACAAACAACAAUGAAUGUCAUAAUUCUUCUUUCAAGUCUUGCAUUCUUUGUUGGUCUAUUCAAUAAUUUUUUUUCUUAUGUUACUUUACAACGAAAGGCAUGUCUUCAAACAGGUGUUGGCCAUUAUUUACUCUAUAUGAGUAUCGUCAAUCAAAUCACUUUAGUAUUUCUCAUGGCACGUCUCAUUCAUUUAUCUCUACUUAUAAUUAAUGUCAAAUCUUUCUCUAUGAUUAAUCAUAUCUUUUGUAAACUAUUGAACUAUUUUCUUAUUUGUAUCCUUCGAAUAUCUUAUUGGUUGACUUCAUUUGUUUCCAUUGAACGUGCUUAUACAAUUCUCUACUUGAAAGGUCAAUGGUUUAAACAGCCGUAUGUUGCGCGUUGUUUGAUGCUUUUGAUUGUAUUUGUUAUUUUACUCUCUUCUUCAUAUGAAUUGGUAUUUGUUAAAUUAUUUAUCAGUAGCAAUGAAAAAGAGACUAGAGCAAUGUGUGCAAUGGAUUUUUCAGUUUCUUAUCAAAGCACAUGGACAUCGAUUCAUCAAAUAAUCUCGAUUAUUCAUUCGAUUUUACCAUUAUUAAUCAAUAUUUGUUCGACAAUGAUAAUCAUUGAAAGAGUUAUCAGCAAUAAAAUGAAUAUUCAGAAAACUAAACAUAGUAAAUUGAUUCUAAUUGAUAUUCAAUUGACUUUAAGCAAAUUUCUUUUAGAUCAAGCAACACUUCCUGAUCAAUCAUCAAGUUUGACCGAAUCAACGUUAGUGAUUUUGCUGGGAAUCUGGGACUGA